AUCCACACUUUGCAGGCAAUUCGACAGUAACCUCUCUACCCAUAACGUUAUCCUACCUAAGUACUCUCACCCGCACCUGCACGUUGGUGAAUAAUAAGCACGUGAAACCGUGUAUACCUGCCUGCGAGAGAAGCCGAACUCAAGAGGCAACUCUUACCCGACCUCGGUUGAUCGCAAGUGCGCCAUCAACACCAUAACAUAUAUCUAUGACGACUCCUCCAUCGUCAGCGAACUACGAAGCUCCAGCAACCUCCAAUACACCGGCCAUGGCAGAAGAACCGCAUCCCCCGCCAUCCACAACCACAGCACCAGACCCCGCGCUCCCAACCACGACUCCCUCAUCAUCGUCCUCGCCAUCGCCACCAUUAUCAAGCUCAAGCUCCCCAGAAGCACCCUCCUCCUCAGCCGCAACACCCACCCACAAGACACCCCGUUCAACCCUCCAAACCCUCCGCAUCCUCCUCCUCCGCACCCUCCACCGCCUAGCCACCAAAACCGACCGCACCCUCACCCGCCUCUCCACCCUCCUCAGUACCCCCCGCGGCAUCGACGUCUUCCUCUGCACAAUAAGCUACACGCUCAAAUUCCUCUCCGCAGCCAUCACCAAACACCUCAACCGCAAACUCUCCACACUAGCGGCAUCUGUGGCCCAAAAAGCCGACGAGCUACUCCUCCUACCGGGCGAGUCUUUCGUAGCUACCUUCCCGGCUCCGAGGCGCGAUGCCGUGCUCGCCAAGGCGGCGAAGAGCAGCCAGGCGCUGUACGCUGUGAUUUCCGACUUCCGCAUCUUUGUGCGGUUGUGGGGGUUAUUGGGGUUGUAUACGUGGGCGAAGGGGGAGUGGAAAGGUGCUGAUGGUGCUGGUGCUGCGCGGCAGAGGAAGAGUUGGAAGGAGAGGAUCUUGAAGGGUAUCACGUGGGCGGAGAUUGGGUCGUUGGUGGCGUUCCAGGUGCUGGAGAAUGGGGCAUACUUGUCGUCAAAGAAGGUGUUGACAUCGGAAGCAUGGGCCGGGGAACAGGGAGCCGCGCGGGAGACGAAAUGGUGGUUAUGGUCGUGCCGGUUUUGGGCAGCGUAUGUGGUGCUGGAGGGUGCAAGGCUAGGCACGCUUUGGUACUAUGCGGGUGAGGAGGACAGGGCGCUGGAGGCGGAUGGGGAGAAGGAGGGGAAGCUGGUGAGGGAGAGGAAGAGGGCGGAGGAUCGGUUAUGGUGGAGAGAUAUACUCAGCAAUGCUGGGUAUUUCCCUUUGACGCUUCACUGGAGUGUCGAUGGGGGCUUGAUGGGCGAUAUGGCUGUUGGACUUUGCGGUAUGCUAGCCGGUGGUGCGAACCUGUUGGAUGCGUGGCAGGCAACGGCGUGAUGAACGGCAAGGAGUAAUACCAGAUUGAGAGAGAUUAUGCGGAUGCUGAGUUUUGGAGGCGUCUCCUUCAAAUGAUCUGAAAUCUUUGGGUCCUUCAGAGGUGUAUAAGUACCUAUUGUUUGUAUCCAUAGUGUACAUAUCUGAAAUGUCAUGAUAUUCAGCCCAG